CCAACAAACAAUAUCUUAUGGGGAAAAAGCUCUAAAAAAGUGUUAUGCACUUUAGUGUUUAUAAGCUUACAAUGACUUUGAAAUGAAUGCAGUCUAUUAUAUGGUGCUUUUUCUAUAAUAAGUGGCAAUAUCAACAUUAGGGUCCAUCUCCACUUGUGUACCCUGUUUGCCUUUUCCCUUUCUUGAAACCUUCUUGUCAGCAGGAAUCUAUCGCCAUUAGCAAUCCGAGCACUGAGCCACAGUUUCACGUCUGUACCUUUUUUUCAACACAACGGACAAAUCUCUGCUACUUUUUAAAACAAAUUCACAGAAACAGCUCUGCAGGCAGCAUGGACGACACGCAUCAUCACUCCCGCCCCAAACCUACUGGUACUGUCCGCUAGUCCUUGUUCUCUUCUGAAACUGCCCUUUUUUAUUCUCCUCUGUUCUUCCUUCGGUCUGCUGCAAAACAAACUCGAGUCGCCAUCAUCGAUUCACUGUUCUAUUUGUUCAAUUGGGCAGGCAGAAACAGAGAGAGAGAUGGUGAUGAUGAGAAGGGUAGCUAUGGUGUUGUCAAUGGUGAUUUUUGGAUGGGUGUAUCAAAUCACUCACCCUCCACCGCCCAAGAUCUGCGGCAGACCGGGUGGUCCUCCGGUCACCGGACCCAGAAUCAAGCUCCGGGACGGCAGGCAUUUGGCCUACACAGAGUACGGCUUGCCGAAAGAUGUUGCGAAAUUCAAGCUCAUCUUCAUCCAUGGCUUCACCUCUUGUCGCUACGACCGCGUCGUUACCUUCCCGCCGCAGGAAGUUUACCAGGAGCUGGGGGUGCAUAUUGUGUCUUUCGACAGGCCCGGUUACGGAGAGAGCGAUCCCGAUCCCAAUCGAACCCCGGAGAGCUUGGCCAUGGAUGUGGAGGAGCUUGCUGAUCAGUUGGGGCUCGGUUCCAAGUUCUAUGUGCUUGGGUUCUCCAUGGGCGGCCAGGCUGUUUGGGGCUGCAUCAAAUACAUUCCUCACAGGCUAGCAGGAGCCGGAAUGAUCGCUCCGGUGGUGAACUACUGGUGGCCUGGCUUCCCGUCCAACUUAUCAACAGAAGCAUACUACUUCCAGCUUCCACAGGAUCAAUGGACAUUAAGGGUCGCCCAUUACGCUCCAUGGCUAACCUACUGGUGGAACACCCAGAAUUGGUUCCCUGCUUCGGCUGUCGCGGCCGGACGCGCUGAAGUUUUCUCCAGCCAGGACCUGGAAAUAAUAGCAAACGAGGAGAUAAGCGACGAGCUGAGGGCAUAUCCAAUGCAGCAGGGAAAUUUCGAAUCUUUACACAGAGACAUGAUGGUGGGAUUCGGGAGGUGGGAGUUUGACCCCAUGGACAUGGAGAUCAAUCCGAUACCGGACGGCGGAGGCUCUGUUCACCUGUGGCACGGCGAGGAGGACCAAAUGGUUCCGGUGACGUUGCAGCGCUACAUUGCCAAGAAGCUGCCGUGGGUGAAGUACCAUGAGCUGCCAGGCAAAGGGCACAUGUUCCCUCUCAUCCCUGAGAUCAGUCAGUCCAUGAUUAAGGCUUUGUUAUACGAUGAGAAUUGAACUUAGCCUCUCUACUCUUCUUCUUCUUCUUGAUCAUGACUGUAAUAAAAUGCCCAUGGAUUGGAGUGCAUUUACUAGUGAAAAAGGGUUUUAGUCCGGCAGUUUUGUCACUAAUUUUCAACCUGGAAAUCUCAGGAUUUAUAGAAUCGCGAUGAAAGUUUCGGUCUUUUCUCAAAAACAAUCCAUGCGAUUUCGACCGUUGAUCAAAGAGAGGCGGAAUCUGUACUGACCAUAUCGGACGUUCAUAAAAGGGCCAAUGUACUGCUGAAUAUGGCGCGUACUAACAUGUAC